AUGAUUAUUAAAGAAACUGCUGCUUGGGUUCAUACACAAUCGAGAAACUUUGUCGACUUGCUUGCCACACCAUCUUCAGACAGUCCACUGCAGCCUUACGUUUCAAUUGGAGCCGCCGCCGCUGUCACAAUGGGUCUUGGAUACUACUUGACAAAAGGAUCAUCGAAUGGAUACACUAUCAAUGGUGUCACCUACACGGGAAAUGUCAAGCCAUUGGUGGAUCCGAUGAAUCAGAGCAGAGUUUUGCCGGAUGGAUCAAGAAUCAGUGCCUAUUUGAAAGAUGACAAUCUUCGCGCGUUCUUGUUUGACGAUGCUCGUACUCUAUUCGAGGGAGUUCGCCGUGGAGCAAAAUUAUCGAAUAAUGGUCCAAUGCUUGGACAUCGUGUUAAGAAACCUGAUGGAUCUCUUCCAUACGUUUGGGAAACAUACGAUGAGGUUUUGGAACGAUCUAAGAAUGUUGGUUACGCGUUUCGUGAACUUGGCAUUCCAACCGGUAACGAGGAGAACAUUGGGAUUUAUUCAAAGAAUCGACCGGAAUGGAUUGUCACCGAAUUCGCCACAUACAACUACUCCAACGUGAUUGUGCCGAUAUACGAAACACUCGGAUCAGAAGCUUCAGUUUUCAUUCUCAAUCAGGCUGAGAUCAAAAUUGUGAUUUGUGACGACGCAUCGAAAGCUCUCGGUCUUCUCAAGAUCAAGGAGAAAUGCCCAAGCCUGCACACUCUUGUCGUCAUGGAAACGAUUAGUGAUGAACUCAAGUCAAAUGCUGAGAAGCACAAUGUUCGUGUCAUCACGUUUGACGAGCUUGAAAAGCUUGGAGCAGAAGCGAAGAACAUGCCGGAGUUGAUUCCUCCAAAGCCUGACGACUUGGCGACGAUUUGCUAUACAUCCGGAACCACCGGAACACCCAAGGGUGUCAUGCUUACUCACGCAAAUGUGAUUGCCGAUGGUGUUUGUAUGGACUUCUUCAAACACAGUGGCAUCUCGUCAUCCGAUGUAAUGAUCAGCUUCUUGCCACUUGCACAUAUGCUCGAACGGGUUAUUGAGAGUGCUUGCUUCAUGGUUGGCGCCAAAGUUGGAUUCUACAGGGGUGAUAUUCGCGUUCUUGUCGAGGACAUCAAAGAAUUGAAACCGACAGUGGUGCCGGUGGUUCCGCGCGUUCUCAACCGUCUCUACGACAAAGUCAUGUCCGAGGUGAACAAAUCGACGUUCAAGAAACUGCUCUUCGAUUUUGCCAUUUCGUACAAAGCGCGAGAGAUGGCCAAUUUCACUAUUCGCAACGAUGGUUUCUUUGAUAAUUUGGUGUUCAAGAAGGUUCGCGAAGGAAUGGGCGGUCGCGUGCGUCUGAUGAUUACCGGAUCGGCGCCAUUGUCGACGAACGUACUCACGUUUGUGCGCGCCGCAAUGGGAUGCGUCGUAGUUGAGGGAUACGGACAGACUGAAUGCGUUGCUGCGGCGACGGUUUCAAUGGAAGGCGAUUCCCUAGCUGGACAUGUUGGAAUGGUUAUUCCAUCCGCCCAGAUCAAACUUGUCGACGUACCCGAGCUUAACUAUUUUGCCAAGGAUAACGCUGGAGAGGUCUGCAUCCGUGGGCAUAUUGUGUUCAAAGGAUACUACAAGAAUCCUGAGCAAACUGCUGAAGUAAUUGAUAAGGACGGAUGGUUGCAUACCGGAGAUAUUGGCCGAUGGACACCGGAAGGGACUUUGAAGAUCGUUGAUCGCAAGAAGCACAUCUUCAAACUCUCGCAAGGAGAAUAUGUGGCUCCUGAGAAAAUUGAAAACAUCUAUGUCCGAUCGAAAUAUGUCGCCCAGUCGUUCGUCUAUGGUGAAUCCCUCAAGACAUGUCUCAUCGCGGUUGUUGUACCUGAUGCUGAGGUGCUGGUCCCAGCUAUGGAAGAGGAAGGAAUCAAGGGAACAAUUGCCGAGUUGUGCGCGAAUGAGAAAGUUAAGAAGAUUGUUCUUGAAGACAUGUUAGCUGUUGGAAAGAAAGGUGGAUUGUUCUCAUUCGAACAGGUGAAAGAUAUCUAUUUGAGCCCUGAAAUGUUCUCGAUUGAGAAUGAUCUACUAACACCGACAUUGAAGAGCAAACGCCCGAAGCUCAAAGAGCAUUUCUCGGCGCAAUUGGCCCAAAUCAAGGCGCCGUCCUCGCGAACGCAUUCUCCAAUGCCGUCGCCGAUUCCGUUCGAAUUUGAACUGCCUGAGAAUCUGGAGCCUGAAGUUGGAGUUGAGCCUGAAUCGCGUUCGGCAAAUCAGGAACCAGAGGUGCCGAGAUUUGAAGAUUUUCGUCAUCCUGUUGCCAAAUUUAUGGUUAAUGCAAUUGCAUGUUCGUCACUUGCUGGAAUGAUCUACUUUGGCGGAAAAGAAAUUGGCUCGGAAUUCUCGCAUAUUCUGUGCCGCGCAAUUCCAUAUGAGGACAUGGAAUGCCAUGGAUUGACAUUCACUUCGACUCCCACGAUUAUUGAAUGCCUUAUUCGUAUUUAUUUGGAAAUUAUCAAUCCGUUGCUCACGAUUUGCUCGUUUUUAUUGUUUUCUUUAUUAUAUUCAUCGAUUCCGAAACUUUCUAUGAUAACUAGAAAUCCAACGCCAAUGUUUGUGCCCUUGUUGGGCGUUGUAAUAACAUAUUAUUCAAUUCGAUGCUUCAGCAUUUCGAUAGCGCUUCUUUCUUCACUUGCGACAACGGCGAGAAUCCAAGUAUGGAUCGAAUACAUUACACAAACCACAUUGGGAAUUGUGUGGAUGUACUCAUUCGUCAAUAUUCAAAUAUUUUCUAAAUUGUGCUAUUUUAAUCACAUUCGCGCAAAAGAGAAGGUUGAACUCGAUCGAAUGCAUAAUGAAAGAUUCUAA